AUGUUUCCGAGACCGAAGAGCGAGAGGGAUUGGAUCGACGACAGGCUCUUCUCGUGGUACACAUACGGCGACAACAUGCGGGCCACCACCACCACCGGCAGUGGCAGACGGGGAGGCCACAGUGAAGAUGACGACGAUGAGACCGCUGAAGUCUCCAAAAUCAAUUCGAACGGCGAACUUUCGGUGAGAAAAGUUACAUUCGUUGGCACUGUCGAACAUGAAUUUUGCGACAAACCUCCCGCCAGAUCGUCUCGCUCCUUGCUUCAGGCUUCCUUCAAGCCCAUUAAAGAUGUUUUCCAUAAGAUCGGCGACAAGCUGACACUUAUCUCAAAAAAUCACAAAAGAAAUAUUUCAAAGUACAUAGCCGAUUUGAAAGCCAAAACUUCAUCACACAAAUCUCAAAAGGUUUUGAGCCCGAACAAUAUGAGGCAGCCGAAAGUGCUGGAGUACAAUGCCAUACAGACGAAAAAAGACGAUUCCAAGAUUGGUUUUGUCGUCUCGGUCGAUAGCAGCGAGCAAGUUCAAAAGAGACGCAGGUUUUCAAUCUUCAGUGUUCUCCAGCCAAAUCAGGAUAACAACGCUACACCGGUCAGCCUAAAAGAGAAAGAUUCCCAGAGAGAGCUUGAGAGUGUAGCAAGCAGAGAAACUUUAAAAUCUGAUAAGCCGCUCAAACCAUGCUUGAAAGUUUCCAAGAAAAGAUCGGAGAAGGAAGUUUUGCGCAAGAGAGCCAUCAUCAGUCUGAAGAAAAGCAGAAGUAUGUCGGAUAAUGAAGAUGAUGAGUCAAACCACAGCUCCAACAACCAUCUUGUUCGCUGCCUUCCUCCUCUUCAAAAUGUUUCUUCUAACACCAUCGAUGCCACAAAUAACAACAACAACAGCAACAACAACAACAACAACAAUGAUGAUGACGACGACGGCAAAGAAAAUUGUCGCAAUAUUGAAGAAGAAUCAUUUGUUUGUUCAAAUAAUGAAACAUUGAACGGUGAAAAAGUUUUUCAAAAACAAGCAUCUAAAGAAGAAGACCAGCAAAUAAACACGAACGAAACAAAGGUUGCUACCACUGAUCCCAACAGAUCCAAAUCCAACUCCUCCUCAGCAAAUCUCAACGUUAAUGUGGACUUCAAAACGAAACUGGCAAAGUGGUCGCUCGGAUGCUCCGAAAACAAACCGCCCAUACCGACGGUGCCAGCGAACAAAUCGUCUGCCGGUGUCGAAUCGAAGGGUGUGAGCCACUUGGUCCAACUCUUUGACGCCAGGGCCUCAUCCAAUUACGUCAGCAAGAAUAUUUACUUCAAAGAAACUUACAACAGCGUGAAUGUGAAGGAUUGCAUAAAAUAUUUGGAUUCGGUUUUGUUUAAGAAUUUGCAACUACCUGCCAGCAAAAAAUUAACAGCAGUAAGUCCUAACAUUAAAGUUUUGCAAGGUAUUCAGCAUCUUCCAAACUUGCAAUUGAAGACAACGGAGCACGUUGAAGAAAUUCGUGCAAAGGUCCUGAACAUCAAAUGUGACACUCUAUCGAACCAGCAGAAUCACGUCAGCAGGACCAAAGAAAAUCCGCAUACUUCAUCAAACAUGGACUUUUCAACGAAACAAAUAUGCAAAAAAAUAACAAGGAGCCAGAGCGCGCGUAAGACAUUUCGUGAUUUCAUGAAAAGGGCAUUCCGCCUCAAAUCAGCUUCUCCGGCAAAGCUGAGAAACAAUCAAAAUGAAAAUAAAAAACACGAGGCGGAGUCGAAGAAGAGUAAGGAGAUGUCAACGCAAACAAGCAGAGAAAGCAUCUCAGUGUUUAACGAGAAGGAUAGGGUCGAUGUUCCCUUCAGCAAACCAAUCGAUCCGUCAUUUUCGCUCCUGAAAAAAGUUUCCAUAAACGAAAACACGUCAGAAAAUAACAAACACAGAUCUGCAAAAUGUCAGCAGGCUCACAGGAACAUGCUGCAAGAGAUGCAGAACAUCAAACUGAACAAAAACGCAUCGGCAGUCGUGAGAAGUCAGCGUUCGAAAUCUUUCACUACAAAUUCAGAUAAAACAGACGACACCUCAUCGCAACAAACCAAAUGCUGUACACGUAAGAAACUCCAGAACAAGUCCAACUACCUCCUCCACAAGUUCCUCCUCAACCAAUCCAACUCACACAAUUACACAGCUGAUAACAACCAGCUGGAAAUCGAAGAGACCAACACCAAUCACCCUCUCUCUCCAUUCAACCUCUCACCGGCGCCCGGGCGCAACCAAGGAUCAAUGUGGGAUCGCAUCUAUGCCUGGGAGUUGAGAGGACAGAACAACAAAACGAAAAAAAUUAAGAAGGACAGCCAGAAUCACGCCAAAGACUCAACCGUCACAUGCGAAGAACCGGCUCCUGUUGUGGCCACUAAUGACGACCAGAGGGCAAAUCAUCCUUCUCUGUCUGAAACACCUCUCUCUGAGGCAGCGGUCAGCUUCAUUAGUUACAACCCGAAAUGUGAUUUCCUACCGCCAUCUGCAAUUAAUAAAAGAAAUGAAGAUAAAAAUUCAAACAAGAUAAAGAAAAAAAUGACCACAAAACUGAAAGAAACUUCAAAAAAUUGUAACACCACUUAUAACAAGGCUACCAAGAUCAACCGUUCGCCUUUCCCGUUAUUGAUGAAGACUGAAACAUCAAUGAUGAGUCCAGAAAACAAACGUCUGAACGAUUUCCACAGUCCGUACCAGAAAUCUCAAAAUAAAGUUCACAGAUUGGAAUUCACAGGCACCAACGAUAAUCAUUCUUACAACGCUUACUUCCCGACUUGUCGAAACCACAUCGGCUGCUUGAAUAGGAACAACAUAUCACGAAGAAGCACCACGUUCAGUUCGGAUGUCUGCAACAACUUCCCUAUAACAGCCACAGCCGAAAUGAAAGAAAAUAUUUCUAUUAAUAUAAAAAACAAGACAACGGCAGCAUCCAGAUCUAGUGCUAAAGUGAUUAAAAAACUUCUCACACCCUCUCCUAUGAAGCGCGUUGAAGCACAAGCGAAAUCAAUCCUACCUCAAUUUAUAUCAAAACAGAAAAAAACUCCAAGUCUAAAAGACUCUAUCGCCAAACGAAAAAACCUAACAACCAAGAAAGAAGCAAAACCGAAACGAGAAGAGAACCCACAAAUCAAUCCGAAACCACUGAACGGUAACAAAUCCAAAAAACCAGUUGGUCCUGUGAAUAGCGAGGUGAUAAACGUCUUUGAUGCUGUCAUCGACCAAUUGAAAGACUUCAAGUUCAAGGAGCACAAGCUUAAAAGCAGCUUGAAUCGCAAUGAUCUGAAUAGCAGCAAAGAGAAAAUAGGUAGACGAAGUGCUGAUUCUUCUGAUAUCUACGUCACAAGCCUCUAUAACAAUUCCCCGGUCUCUGGUGUCAAUACAAACAAGAGAGGGGUUCAGAGUCUUAUAAAAGUUUUCGAACAUUGAAGUUUUUCAGAUUUUUCAUUGGGGUGAAUUUGUAUUUUUAAAAACGAAACAUGUUUCAUCUAUUUUUAGUAGAUCCAUUUUUCUGGUUUUUAAUUUUAUUUUAUCUCAUAGGCACUUAAUUAUCGAUUGCUCGCUUGAAUGAAUAUCUAGAUUUUUCUGAAAAUGUAAAAUAAAUCAGUUGAUAACAUCA